GCGGCUCGUCGUGCUUCCUGCCUUGCUGAAGGAGGGGACGGUGCUGACGGCUGGGCGGACGAAAGGAGAGCCGAGAAAGCUUUCGGGAAGCUUUAAAAAAAGUGGGAAACGGCCCCGGUUUCCACCGUCCGUCGGGAGAAGAGCACCGCGGUUUUUUUCUGGUGUAGCUGCUGGAUUUGUCAUCGAACAGGCGCCGAAAAAAUGUCGACCAGUCGUCAGCUUAGCGAGAGCAGGGCCAUCCCGACCAGGACGGUGUUGAUCAACGACACAACCCAGCUACCUCAUGACUACUGUACCACCCCUGGAGGCACUUUAUUCUCCACCACUCCCGGAGGAACCCGGAUCAUUUACGACCGCAAGUUUCUGCUGGACCGGCGUAAUUCUCCCAUCGCUCAGACUCCUCCUGCACAUCUGCCCGUCAUCCCCGGAGUGACCAGCCAACACGUCCUGAGUGAGAACCAGAAGAACGAAGCCAACAACCACAUCAACAACCAUGAUGGCAAGCCCACCACAGGUAAAGGUGAAGACGCCCAGUUUGAAAUGGACAUCUAACUGCCUGGAGCUGCACCAGCAUAAGCAAAUGACCUGGCACCGGACGUGCCAGUGGCUUGGCUUGUAGAAACCAAUGUUGUGAGCCCUCAUGGCAGCCAUCUUUGUUAGCUCUUUGUCUCACUGCUGGAUGUAACGUGUGUAAAACCCAGGGCGAUUCUCUAUACCUUACGUGCACGUACGGAGCGGCCAAGUCGGAAAAUUAGGUUUAUGCGAGUAACGACGGAUCGCGGCUUAAAUUCGAAACAUUUCUAUAAAGAGGGACCUGAGUCUUUUGCACCCAGUCGGUUUUACCGCUCACUUUACAGCUUACCUGUGAGCCCCGAUUGGGACAAAAACGGACACUAUUCCAGAUUAAUUUGAGAAGGAAGUGGUACUUUAUUUGACCUCGGAAUCAUUUAAAAAGCUUUGAUAUACUUCCGUCUUUGUUUUUAAAGACCCCAAGUUAGCACGUUAUUUUAUGUGAUUCUCUGUUCUCCUGUUUGCUUUGAAAAAAAAACUACUUGAAUAACUCCAGGAUACAUCAUCAGCUGGACAGCUUUGUUUCCAGUGUUGGUAACGAAACGCUGUUAUUCUUGUUAGGAAAGGAUGUCCCAAGAUUUUAGUCUCAAAUUUCCCCGACACCCGGCUGCAAAAUGUCCUUUUUAAAUCUAACCAUAUUAAGAUGGAAUACCAGUUGUUAGUACUGAGGCUUUGCCAGGGUGUCCACUUCUGUUCAAGCCUUUCGGAUCUCUUGUUAAGGAAACGCUUAACAACGAAGCGCUGCGUACGUUGGGCUUGAUAGCAGCUCUCCCUAAAUCCAAAAAUCGAUCUGAUUAUUAUUUUACAUGCAUCCUGCCUGCCCAUGCCUUAUUUAACAUGAAAUGCAGUGACUAGUUUCCUUGCCAUCGAUUUGUACUUUCUGACAGAUGUUUAUUUUUUCACAGCAGCGUUAAACCUGGUUGUAUUUUGCUUGGCCAAUGAGCAAAAGGUAUUUUAUUUUCUUGGUAAUUUUCUUACUCGGACUGGUGCGAUGUUUGGAAGUGUUGCUUGGACAGCAACACGGGGGGGAAAGUGCCACUUGCUCAUUUUGACCCAAUGAUUAGUUCAUUUGCUUUACCCCAAAAGUUGUAUCUGCUGUAACGGAUCAUGUUGUUCAUUCAAUUUCCUUUUUCCUCUGUAUGAAUGGAACCACCGACUGAUCUUUUAUCAGAUAUAUUUUUUAUUCCUUUUAGCUUUGUAAUUGCCUUUGGCGAGGUCUGGUGAAAAUUUCAUCCAUGGUUUGCUUAAAAUUCUGUUAGCAUUGCACCUUUUUGGCCAACAAGUCUUUCUAUUGAGGCGUCCUAAUCCAGGUGGCAAAUUUAUUUCCAAUUCAUUUGGUUCGACAAGUGACGGUUUAACAAUAUGCGUUGAAAGAGAUUGGGGACAAACUUACUUUAACCUUCUGUUCUGAUUUCAAGUAACUUUAUUUCAAAUGAAACUCCAACGGCAGUGGACACUGUUGCUGCAAGAUCAAUAAAAUUCUGUAACAGUU